AUGCAGCCCUACAAUGACAGCAAUAAAGCAGCAGCAGCAGCAGCAUCUGCUGCUGCUGCUGCUGCAGUUGCUGCUGAUGCCCCUAUAAAGACAGCAGCAGAUGCUGUCGCUGUAGCUUCUUCGACUGCUUCUGCUGCUGCAGAAGCAUCAGAUACAACAACAGCAGCAACAGCCACAGAAGCAGCAGCAACAACAGCAGCAGCAGCAGCAGAUGACGAUGAUGAAGAUGAAGAGGGGCCUGUGCCCGAGGAGAAUUUAAAACCUGCAGCAGAUUACUCAUUGAUAUUUAAUGGCUUAGUUAAUAUGCCCUUCGUAGCUUUAGAGGCCUCUAGACCUGUCGAAGAAUUACCUCCGCCUUCUGUCGGCGAGUGGGUAGAGAGCAAAGCUGCGCAUGAAGACGCGCAGAUCUUUCGAGCUAAAGUUGUCGGCAGGUACAGACACCCGGAGCACCGAUGGGUCUUCCGCUUGCGGUCGCCCGAUAUGAGUUCAAGUUAUAUCGAGCCGUUAAAAAGGAAGGCUCGGCGUGUCCCCAACUCGAGACGACCGUUUGACCCGUCUCCCGCUGCUGCUGCACAGCAGCAGCAGCAGCAGCAACAGCAACAGCAGCAGCAGCAGCAGCGGCAGCAGCAGCAGCAGCAGUUGCUGUCUGCAUGCUCUUCUGCUGCUUCCUUAUCACGUGCUGCUACUCUUCACGAAGGCCUGCGCCGCAGGUCAGCCCCCAGUCAUUCUUACGGAGCAGCAGCGCCAAAGGGUCUCCCCUCUAAAGCAACCAGUGCGCAUACAACAGCUAGCAGCAGACGCCCUGCUGCUGCUGCUGCUGCUGCUGCUGCUGCUGAGAUGAGGGCCUCCGAUGAGUCUAAGGGGGCGGCGACGCCUUCGGGGAUGAUUGACACCCAGACGUGUGCUUCAGGGGAGCAGCAGCAGCUGCUUCUGCAGCAGCAGCAGCAGGAGGAGCAACGAAAGGAGGAGAAUGAGCAGCAAGAGCAGCAGCAGCAGCAGCAGCAGCAGCAGCAGCAGAAGCCUGCGGUCGGAGAGGGUUGUUUAUCAAGUGCUGCUGCGCUGCAGCUCAACGGACGAAAGAGACGGUCUCUGCCUGCAUAUAAUCACUUCUCCAAGAUCAUAGCACGCUGCAGCCUCCCCUUAAUGUGGAGACCUGCUGCUGCUGCUGCUGCUGCUGCUGCUGCUCCUGCUGCAGCAGCUGCUGCUUCUCCUGCUGCUGCUCCUGCUGCAGCAGCUGCUGCUUCUCCUGCUGCUGCUCCUGCAGCAGCUGCUGCUCCUGCAGCAGCUGCUGCUUCUUCUUCUGCUGCUGCAGCUGCUGCUCCUGCUGCAGCUGCUGCUCCUGCUGCAGCUGCUGCUCCUGCUGCAGCUGCUGCUCCUGAUCUCCGCCUCCAGGAUAGCUCGGCUGCUCAUGCAGCAGCAGCAGCAGCUCCUGACAAUGCAGCAGCAUCAGCUCCUGGUGCUGCUGAAACUGCUGCUGCUGCUGAGGGAAGACGCCUCGAGGAGCCAUCAGCGAAGGACACUGAGGAGAAAUCAGCAGCAACAACUUCUGCUGCAGCAGCAGCAACGACUGCAGCAGCAACAGCAGCAGCAGCAGUUGCUGCAGCAGCAACGGCUGCAGCAGCAGCAACAAUAGGUGCAGCAGCAGCUACUAAGAAAGAGGAGAGCGCAGCAGCACCGGCCCCAGAUGCGGGAGCAGCAGCAGCCGCAAUAGCAGCACAUCCUGCAGAGAUAGCAACAGGUGCAGCAGCAGCAGCAACAACAGCAGCAGCAACAGCAGCAGCAGCUCAGGUUUCAAAGGGAGAAGCAGAGAUUCCGCCGAAGACUGAGGCCCCCCCAGAUGCGCAGACGACCGCAGCAGCAGCAGCAGCAGAAGCAGCGGCAGAAGCAAGAGCAGCAGAAGCAGCGUCAGCGGAAGAAGCAGCAGCAGCAGAAGCAGUGUCAGCAGCAGAAGCAGCAGCAGCAGAAGCAGCAGGAGUAUCUUCGCAUGCAGCGGAUGCUGCUGAUCCGAAGGGCACAGCGCUCUCUCCGUGUGCUGCUGCAGCAGCAGCGCAGCAGCAGCAAACAGACUGCGAGUAA